UGCAAUUGUGCAGAUAGACAAAAUUGAAAAUAUUUGUCCAGUAACAGAAAUGAUAAGUAGUACACAUGAUAGGCUAACUAUUGAAAGUUGGCUGACUUCGUUCAAAGAAAAGUUUAUAAAUGAAGUUGGUCUUUCAUGGCCCCCUUUCAAGAAUGUUGUUACAGACUUCAGUUGGGCUUUCAUGCAUGGAAUAUCCAAAGCGUGGAAUAACAAAAAUAAUAUUUUUGAAUACCUUGAUUUGUGUCAUCAAGUUUUAACAAAAAAAAAUGUAAAAUUUCCAGACAAUGAUGUUGUAGUAAGUACAUGCAGCAACCAUUACAUAAAAAAUGUUAUAAAGCAUGCAAAAACAAUUUUUGAUGAUGAAAGCAAUGCAUAUUAUGUAUCAAAAUGUGUUGGCCUCGUAUUUGAUAUGGAUAAUUAUGAAGAGAUAAAAAAUUAAGCAGACUAUUAAGCAGAAUACUUCUUUCCAAAAAUGUAACACCUUUAUGUAAUAGUGCUAGGGCAGAAAUGAAUUUUCUUUUUAAAGGCAAUAAAGUAUUAAAAUUGGAAGAAAUGGACCUAAAAGAUCAUGUAGUGAACCCUCUAAAUGAAAAACCAUAUUAUGCUGAGUGUAAGAAAUCUGCUUUCUAUUAUGAUUUCAAAGAAAUAUUAGAUGCUGUUUACAUAGAAAUAUCCAAUACGGUUGAUGACCAGGGAAAAAAUGACAUGUAUUCUGAGACAUAUAUGUUACAUUUUCUCAUUGAGAAUAUACCCUACAUUCCACUAUGGAGUAGAGUGAUAACAGCAAAAAUUGGCUUGGAAAAACGUCAGAGCAACGCAACUGCAGAAAGUUGGUUUAAUAUCAUUAAAAAUCAUGUUCUAGGUAACCAAAGAAAAAUGAAAUGUGGAAGGUUUAUAGAAAAAACCAGUGCACGGGUAACUGCUAUUUGGAGCCGUUGUGGAUUGAUAAUUCCUAAAAAUGUGCUUGCAAUCAGACCUAAAAAUAAUGCUAAUAAUGAUGAUGAGUUGCACCUGAAUGAUAAAGAAUUCUGGCUUAAAAAAGGUAAAAAACCUUCUAAUCUUGUUAACUUGGGAACUAUUUUAAGACCACAAAAAAGUAUGAAUACAUUCAAAAAUACUAAAAGUAUAAGUGAAAAUGAUAAAACAAAUGAAGUGUUGAAUCGAAAGUUUGUUUCUGAGGUAAGUGUGCAAAAAGAUAUUGAACCUUCAGAGGACAUUGGUAAUGCUCAUUAUAGUAGUACAGAAAUUUUAAAUGUUGAUUGUAUAAACGAAACACUUGAUUUAGUUGAAAAAUAUAAAAACGAUGACACUAAUAAAGAUUCUUCUGUUAUAUCCUAUGGUCAUACUGUAGUAUGGGAGCCAUCUGGAGAUGAAUCACCAGUUGGGAAGUAUAAGAUGUACCGUACAAGUAAUUUAAUUAAAGAUGGAUUAUAUUAUAUGCAUGGUUAUCCGGGGUGUAAAAAUUACAUAGUUGCCAGAAUGUCUUUUGGAAAUGAGACGGUUGAAAUAUCUUCUGAAGACUUCAAACAUUUAGAUACUAAGGGCGAAAAUAAUGAACUUUGGUUAGAAAAUAAAGAAAUUUGGUGUUUGUUACAGAUUUGUCUAAAAAGAAGUGAACGAACUUGGGUCAAACAAAAACAACAUAUGCUGGGAUGUAUGAGUCCAGAUAUAUCGUACUAUAUGAUCAAUUUGGGAAAAAGAAUUGAACCUCCAAAUGAAAAUGGUAAAAUUGAAGGUAUGGGUUGGAUUGAAUUUUCUAGAGUACUUAUUCCUUUAUUAGAAAAUAAUAGCCAUUGGACACUGAUGUUAGUAGAUUUUACUAAAAAAAAAAUCAAUUGAUGACAAAUAAAAUAAUUAUGAACAAAUUCGAUCCAAAUGAUUACAGAAAGAAAUUACAAAAUUUGAUUUUGAGUAAUUCGGAGUGUAUGAAAAA